AAAAAUUGUUUUUCGGCAAUUUGCCUACCAGUUAUAUAGCCUAAAUUCACGUUAUACCCGACGAUUUAACAACAGAAUAUCAAAACGUAGCUAAGCUUUGUUUUUUUGUACAAUAUUUCAAGUUAUGUCAGUGUGCGGAAAAACUGGUGUUGGGGAGCACUGGAAUGUAUUUGGCUGGCUAGUGAGGGUAGCCUGCAAUAAAAAACAUGCAGGAAGAAAAGCUAAAUAAUACAAUCUAGCUAACUAUCUUAUUUGCCAGCUAGCUAGGUAGUGUCUGUGAUGUCAACAUGGACAGAGAUGACAGUCAAGAAAAAGGAGAGAGAGAGGAGAUAACGAGUUGUGAUCCACCCUCUGUUGACUGCAUCCUGUCAACUGGUUCUUCUUAUCACACUCCUGCCCUGCCCUCUGACAAUCACACAGUUCCUGAGCCUGCUGGACCAGUGGGAGGAGACAAAAACACCAAUGUGACUUUAGAGGAGCCUACAAAUCCACCUACAUCAGAAUCUAUGGGAGAGAAGGGACUACAAGCAGCUCCUGUUCUGGUAAAAGAGGAAGAGACUGAUGCGUGCAGUAAGACAGAAUAUCAGAACUGUUCAGGUGGUCAACCAGAGACUGUCCCAGAGGAGGUUUCAGCUGAGAAUGGGCAGGACGACUCAGGGGAGUUUAUGGUCACUAUGUUGGCCAGAGGUAAACUGGAGGAGCAAGGUGUGGGAGUGAAGAGGCGUUCCUCUCCACUGUCAGAGACUGGCGCCCCAGAGGCCCCCCCAUCCCACCGUGAUGAAGACGUGACGGCGGAGAGCUGGAGGCAGCACAGGAAGCAUGUGUUUAUCCUGAGUGAAGCAGGGAAGCCCAUUUACUCCCGCUAUGGCAGUGAAGAGGCACUGUCGUCCACCAUGGGAGUCAUGAUGGCACUGGUGUCCUUUGUCCAGAGUAGUGACAACAUGAUCCGCUCUGUCUACUCAGAUGGGCACACGGUGGUGUUCAUGCAGAAGGGUCCUCUGGUGCUGGUGUCUGUGUCGAGCAGCCGUCAGUCAGAGCAGCAGCUGCGUGGUGAGCUGCUCUACGUCUACUACCAGAUCAUCAGCAUGCUCACCCAGGCCAGCAUCGCACGCAUCUUCGAACACAAGAAGAACUAUGACCUGCGGCGACUACUGGUCGGCUCCGAAAAGAUCCUAGACGGCCUCCUCAACCUGGUGGACUCGGACCCCAGCUUCCUGCUGGCAGCGGUGCACUGCCUGCCACUGGCCUCCUCUCUCAGGGACUCUCUCAGCCAGAUCCUGCAGAAGGCCAUCACCACCAACCUGGUCUUCUCAAUCCUCAUCGCCAAGAACCAGCUGCUCACCAUCGUCCAGGAGAAGACGGUGAUCGAGGACGCCAGGCUGGAGCCUGCUGACGUCCACCUCCUACUCAACCUCAUUGGGGCCUCCUCUGCCUUCCAGGCCGGAGAGAUCUGGACUCCCAUCUGCUUGCCUCUCUUUAACCCUGACUGUUACUUCUAUGCCUACAUCUCCUACCUGGACCCUCCAGAAUGCACUGUGUGUCUGCUGCUGCUCUCUACGGAUAAGGAGGCCUUUUAUGCGGUGGCAGAGUGUAAGAGGAGGAUAGAGGAGGCCAUGCUGGCUCAGAGCUCCCUGAGCCUCAUAGCCAAGGCCCACUCCUACAGUGUGAGCCAGGUGGGCGUCUCAGACCUCAGGCACUUCAUGUACAAGCCCUUUGAUGUGCCAGACAACCACAAGCAGCUCACCCAGUUCACCAGCCCAGAGAUGGAGGCUCCCUACAGCACCGAGGAGGAGAGGAUGAGGCUGCUGGACCUGUACCGCUACAUGCACGGUCGCAUCCACAGCUCCUCCCGGCCCCUCAAGCUCAUCUACCACGUAGCAGAGAGGGAAACCCUGCUGGCCUGGGUCACAAGUAAAUUUGAAUUGUACACCUGCUUCAGCCCCUUGGUGACUAAGGCCUGUGCCAUUAACGCCAUAACCAAGCUUCUACGGUGGAUCAAGAAGGAGGAGGACCGUCUCUUUAUCCGAUACCCACCCAAGUAUUCAACCACCCCUAACCCCAGCAAAAGCUCCCGAAGGUCUGACCAGCAGGACUCAACAGAUAAUGGCUUCAUGUCUCUCCUAUAGAGCUGCUCGAGCCCUGUGCUUAGCCCUGGCUAUUCUACUCUGUCAACAAAGUUUGUACACUGGUUCUACAAGAGGUUUGGCACAGGCCACAUCCUACAUCUUUGGGUACUUCAUUGAACUUUAACCACUGGACUAUUUAAGGAGGACUUGCCUUUUUGACACUUUCAGACUCUAUUACUUCUGUAUCUUUAUGAGAAAGCAUGUAUAGUAACUGCAUUAGUGCUCUUUUAGAUUACAGUCGAACAAGUUGAUGUUCAGUGAAUCUGUAAAGAGAAAGCAAACAUUUUUAAAUUGGCUAGUGGUGGAACAUUGAAGAUCAUUUUCAAUGAUAUUGAGGUGUUUUAUAUAGUUUUAUUCUAUUGUAACAAUGGUGAGAACUCGAAUGUAUCAUAUCAAAGACUUGUUACAUACAACUAUUGCAAUUCAAGCUUUCAUGGUCAUUGACACUGUAGCACAUGACAAAAAUUAAAU